UGUACGUCGAUGACGCUCGGUGGUUCAUGAAUGGGCUUUUCGGAGUGGGAGGGCCCAUCAUCUGACGGAGCAGGCUGGAGGGAAGUGGGCUGAGUUGCGGCGUGUCUCUGGGCUGCCAGCAUCUUCAUGAAUGUUGUUUUUUUUUUUUCUUUCUUGUGAAGACACUAGCAGAGGUACGCGUGCACCUAACCGGGCCGCUUCGGAACCCCUCUCUGCACAGGCGGCUUGCUGAAGAGCCUGGAGUGGAACCACUCAGCCUCCGGGAGCCAUGGGUUUCCGCAAGAAGAACAAGAGCCCGCCGGUGCUGAGCCACGAGUUUGUGAUCCAGAACCACGCCGACAUGGUGUCGUGUUUGGCUAUGAUCAUCCUGUUGGGCCUGAUGUUUGAGGUGACGGCAAAGUUCGCCAUCAUGUUCAUCACCGUCCAAUACAACGUCACGCAGGUUCUAGGUGAGCAGAAGGUGAGGUCCACCACCAGUGUUGUUCCUCAAUGUUUGUUUCCCGCUGUGGUUUUAGAUGAGAGGCACGAGCCGGUGAACUUCUACCAGUACGGCCCCAAAGAUGUGGCCACCGUGUUUUUUUACCUGCUUAUAGCCGUCAUCCUUCACGCCUUGAUACAAGAAUAUAUUCUUGAUAAAAUGAACCGCCGGUUACAUCUGUCGAAAACCAAACACAGCAAGUUCAACGAGUCCGGCCAACUGGCGGCAUUCUACUUUUUCUCCUUCGCCUGGGGAUGCAGCAUCCUGACAGCGGAGGACUUUGCAACGAGCCCGACCUUCUUAUGGGAAGGUUAUCCACACACUCACAUGGUAUUUCAGGUGAAGUUCUUUUACAUUUGCCAAAUCGCUUAUUGGCUCCACGCACUUCCUGAGCUGUAUUUUCAAAAAAUACGAAAGGAAGACAUCCCUCGUCAACUUUACUACAUUUGCCUUUACGUUGUUCACAUCACUGGUGCCUACAUCUUAAAUCUGCACCGCCUGGGUCUGGUGCUGCUGGUUCCUCACUACUUGGUGGAGCUUUUGUUCCACGCUUCCCGCCUCUUCUACUUCAGUGAUGAGAACAAACAAAAGGGUUUCACUCUCUGGGCGCUGCUCUUCGUCAUCGCUCGCCUACUCACCCUCACCGUGUCGGUUCUCACCUUCGGUUUUGGGCUACCCCGAACAGAAAACCAAGGCUUUUCUCUCGCAGAAGGCAACUUUAACGUACUUACCAUAAGGAUGACUUGCCUGGCUGCGAUCUGCCUGACACAAGCUUGGAUGAUGUGGAAAUUCAUCAACUUCCAGUUGAAGAAAUGGCGGGAACACAGCCAGAACCAAGCCUCGAAGAAAAAGACAGUCAGUCCAAAGAACAAGCCUCAUAAAAGAGACCCAGGAAAGGGAGGUUCUUCCAAUGGAGUUGUGAAAUCCGAGGAUAAAACAUCGCCACGGGCAAGAAAACCUAAAACCCUCGUCGGGUGAAAGCAAAUCUGGCAACGUGGGUUAAAAAUACACAAAGUUCAGAAAAGAGUCCUCUGCUCUUCAAACGAAAUCUUAAACAGCACUAAGCAACCUUACGUAACCGUCCCUGUGGAAAGCUUCGUGUUCCUGCCGUUCGAAAUGUUUCGACUUAUUCAUUUGGUUUCUGUCCAGACAGAAUGUUGGACGCGCCGGGCUGGUUGUGACGCUUUAAUGGAAUAUUUGCUUGAUAAAGUGUCCUUCUUCAUGAGGCGAUGAUCUGUUUUUGGGGACUCUGGAACUGGCUACAUCCACACUUCUCUGGGCUGAUGUCAGAUUUUGGCUCACGCCUUCAUUGACACUGACAUUAUUUGACACAUCAGUGAUCCUCUUAUGUGUUUUGGUGCCUUUUUUUCCCCUCACUGACUGAAAGAGAUUAAUUUAAUCAUGAUGUUUUCUUCAGCGUUUUUUGAAAGUUGAACCAUCAGUGCCGUUUUAUUUUCUUUUUUAGUCCACUAAAUGAGGAUUUAUCUCCCCCUACUGGUGAAAUGUAACUUCAGCUGCAUAUCAAGUGGUUUUGCUUGAGCAAUACCGCGAUCAUUUAAAUGCGAAAUAAGUGGAAGACAGCCAAGUUAGACCUCACCAGUCACUGCCCACGUAAUAAAUAUGUAGUCAUUUCCUCGGGUGAAAAUGACAGGAGAUUUGCUACGUUCCUCCCUCCGUCUAUUCUGUAUGUAUGGAAACCAAUUGCAAGGUUACGUCACAUUUGGGCCGAUAUAUAUCCAAUUAGGAAGCCAGUUAUGUCAUACAUUUUAUAGUAUUUAAUGAUCGUAAUGAAUCACUUUCUAAAUGUGAACCACAUAAAUGUUGCCCUCCAAAUUACACUUACUGUAUAUUAUGGUGAAACUGAGGGAGUUCUGGAGGAAUUGCAGUGUGGAUGUAGCCAGAGUUUUGUUCCUUGACUGGUUACAAUGUUAUUACUUCUCAGUAGGAGCAUGUUGAUAUUCCGAAGAACAGUUGUGUUCCAGCUCUAAAUAUCGCCGGUUUAGAACCUUUGCUUCUGAAAUCCAAGGGUUAUUUUCUGAAGGCAUUUCUUUUUCCACGUAGCUCUCACGACAGUGGGCUUGGCCAGAUGCUGCCCAGUCUGUACACAGUUUUCACUUGACUAUGGCAUGAUUUGCGCAAGUGUUUUCUCCGGUUGCUGCAUGAUGGUCUGGGGUGUCAUGGCUACCUGCGGCGUUCAAACACUAGCAUUCAGUGGCCUUUUUUUUCCACAACUGCUGCAAGAGUUUUCAGUUGGUUAUUUUAGUGUCACGACGGAUCACUCGACGCUUUGAGGGGCUAGAACCAGCAAACACAGCCGCGUUUUCCUUCGAGUCCUAACUACAAUCGUUCUUCAAGUGCCCUUACGAUGUCAUUGGUUCGUGUCACUUCUUUCAGGUCUGCUCUUGCUACUCCUCAGUAUCAGAGGAGAAGCCAAACACUUUUUACUCUUUCUUUCGAUGGUGCGACAUGUUUUUGCCUUGUGUGAGUUCUCGGCCUCAAUGAUGACUAUUGCUCGUCCUGUAUCAGAUGAAUUGCCUGUGUGCGGCGCAUGAAACGUGACAAUCCGUUUAUUGACUGUUGUGUUUCAGAAGCUUGUCUUUUUCCUCACUUUGGUUUCGUCUCUCGGCCGAUUUGUGGCUUUGCCGGUGGUGGAAGGGUCUUUUUUCUAGUGCUUCUGUGUUGUCAUGUUUCCUGUGUGAGAGACCUUGUGAUACCCGUUGGUGUGUUUUUACUGGCUUCACUUCUGCAGUGAUCUUGACAUUGGAAUGGCGCACACACAUCCAAACCCGUCUGUUUUGAUCGCAGGGUGCAAGAAAGAAUGCUAACCUGCGCACCUCUGGCACUGCUGGCUUAAACCACCAAACUGUGUGCAUCAAUGUCAUUUGAGCAAAGGAGAAGUCACAAAUGAGUCUCAGCAAAAAGAGGAGGGAGAACUUAACCUAACACUGUACUGAAAUUAGUCAGAUUUCUAAGCUAUUUUUAUAAGACUAGUUUGUGUCACUGUUGCAAUUCACCCAGUCGGUGUGUGUGUGUGUAUUGUACCUGUGCUUUAAUGUUCUUUUGUUUUGUUUUUUUAAUCCAAGAAUGAGCUGUUAAAGUGAGUCAACACUAUUAAUGUGAUUCAGAGCUGAUCCUUUGACUUAACUGCCUUAUCAGCCAAACACUUGUCCCGAAGUUGGGAACAGUCACACUAAACUGCCGGGGUGAUGGCAAAAGACUACUGGUGCAGUCAUUCCUUUUCUGCUUCCGAUCCCUUUCCACUGCUCCUGAACUAUAUAAAUAAUGAAUUGCCAGCUGGUAGAAACACACUAACACGACCAGUUCCAUAAUGCACUGCAACAGUUGAAGUACUAGAAGCAGGUUGUGUGCAAGGAGCAGUUCUUACAACACUGUUUUAGCUGACUCAUACAUUCUCAAAACACAUGAUCUUCAUCUCACCUAUGAGUCCAAUAUUCUUAAUGCAACCACUUCAUGUAUGGCAUCUCUAUUCUUCAACUAUAUUAAACAUUAAUAACAGUUUUUGUUGGAAUUAAUCACAGAAAAAAAAAUCUAUAUAAAUUACUGCAGUUCUGAUAGUAUAUUUUAGUCCUGUCCCACUGAACACACACAACUUCCCUGCUUCAAAUCCCGCUGUUUUUCAGUGAAGAUUGCUCACACUUGUGUAUCAAUCUACUUCUUUUUGGCUGCGAAAGUAUUCUAUUUUUUGGUCAACAAAUUUUGAUCAUUAUCCGAUCACGUGACAUGGCACAUUCACUCUUCAUUACUUUUCUGCACCUUCUUCGAUGACUUUGCUGCUUGUUCGCUGUGUAUUUUAUUUCCAAACAAGUCUCUGAAAUGCUGUAGUUCUAUAUAAAUAUAUAUAUAUUUAUGAAAGGUCCUGUAAGUUCUGCUCACAUUUAUUGGUCUAUUUUUUAUUUCAUGUUCCAAUAAAUCUUCUGUUCG